UUUUUACUCAGUGAAAAUAAAAACUUUCAAAAAAAAAAAAACACUGCAACACUAACUCUGCUCUUACAGCGAUAGUUCAGUUGUUUUUAGUGUUUUUUUUAAUCUGUUUUUUCUGUGUUUUUUUUCAUGGAGUUUAAUUUAGCAAUUAGGGCUGGAUUGUUGGUUGUUCUAACUGAAAUACCUAACUCUGAAGUGAUUUGCGUGCUGUGAUCUGAUUUUUUUAGCUCUUUAAACUGUUUGUAGGGUUUUUGAAGUUGGGGGAGUUUCAGUGAUUUAGAGAGAUGAGAGAAUGUAAGGGUUUUGUGUUGUUGGAUUGGAAAAUUAUUAGUUUGUUUAGUAUUUUAACUGCUGUUUGUGAGGGUUUUAUUUAGUUAGUACUAGUAUUAGUGCUUAUUUUUGUUUGUUUAAUUAUUAGUUUUAAAAGAUAGUGUUCUUGAAUUAUUUAUUUGCUUAAUUAAAACCCCAAAAAGUUGAGGAUGAAGCUCUCAACAUCAGGGUUGGGUCAGCAGCAGGGUCAUGAAGCGGAGAAGAAGUGUUUGAAUUCGGAGCUGUGGCAUGCUUGUGCUGGACCACUUGUGUCCCUACCGACUGUGGGAAGCAGAGUGGUCUACUUCCCUCAGGGACAUAGUGAGCAGGUUUCUGCCACUACUAACAAAGAAAUUGAUGGACACAUACCCAACUACCCAAGCUUGCCAGCCCAGCUGAUUUGCCAACUCCACAAUGUCACUAUGCAUGCGGAUGUCGAAACAGAUGAAGUGUAUGCUCAAAUGACUUUACAGCCUUUGACGCCGCAAGAGCAGAAAGAAACAUUUCUUCCAAUGGAGCUGGGUAUGCCAAGCAAGCAGCCCACAAAUUACUUUUGCAAGACUUUGACUGCAAGUGAUACGAGUACGCAUGGAGGUUUUUCUGUUCCUCGUCGUGCAGCAGAGAAAGUUUUUCCUCCUCUGGAUUUCUCGCAGCAGCCGCCCGCGCAGGAACUGAUUGCUAGAGAUCUGCAUGAUGUUGAAUGGAAGUUUCGCCAUAUUUUCCGAGGACAGCCAAAACGACAUCUGCUUACAACAGGGUGGAGUGUAUUUGUCAGCGCGAAAAGACUAGUUGCUGGAGAUUCUGUUCUUUUUAUCUGGAAUGAGAAAAAUCAACUUCUUCUGGGAAUUCGUCGGGCUACUCGACCACAAACUGUGAUGCCAUCAUCUGUUUUAUCCAGUGAUAGCAUGCACAUCGGGCUGCUUGCUGCUGCAGCUCAUGCUGCAGCUACUAAUAGCUGUUUUACGGUUUUCUUUAAUCCAAGGGCUAGUCCAUCUGAGUUUGUUAUACCCCUUUCCAAAUAUGUCAAAGCAGUAUUCCACACACGUGUUUCAGUUGGGAUGCGCUUUCGGAUGCUCUUUGAGACUGAAGAAUCAAGCGUCCGUAGGUACAUGGGUACAAUAACUGGCAUAUGUGAUCUAGAUCCUGUUCGUUGGCCGAAUUCUCAUUGGCGCUCUGUCAAGGUUGGGUGGGAUGAAUCAACAGCAGGUGAAAGGCAGCCUAGAGUAUCAUUAUGGGAGAUUGAACCUUUAACAACUUUCCCCAUGUAUCCAUCACUCUUUCCUCUCAGACUUCGACGACCUUGGCAUCCGGGGCCCUCUUCUUUGCAUGAUAACAGAGAUGAAGCUGGCAAUAACUUAAUGUGGCUGAGGGGUGGAACUGGUGACCAGGGUCUUCAUUCUCUAAAUUUUCAAGCUGUCAAUAUGUUUCCUUGGACACAGCCAAGGGUGGAUCCAUCAUUGCUAGGGAAUGAUCAAAAUCAAUGGUACCAAGCUAUGUUGGCAAGUGGGUUGCAAAAUGGGAGUAAUGGAGAUCCCAUGAGACAGCAAUUUAUGCAGUUUCAGCAGCCUGUUCAAUAUCUUCAACAGCCGAGCAGCCAUUAUCAAAUGUUGCAGUUACAGCAGCAGCAUCAAGCAAUUCAACAACCAACCUCCCAUAAUAUCCUGCAGGCACAAACCCAUAUGCCAACUGAGAGCUUGCCUCGCCAUCUCCUGCAACAACAACUCAACAAUCAAGCAGAUGAUCAGGCUCAGCAACAACAACAACAGCAUCAGCAACAGCAACAGCAACAGCAGCAGCAACAGCAGCAUAAUUAUCAUGAUGCACUUCAAAUGCAAGGUGAACAACUCCAGAGACAGCAGUCAAACGUUCCUUCUCCAUCCUAUUUAAAAACAGAUUUUGUGGAUUCAAGCGACAAGUUUUCAGCAUCUACUGCUCCUUUACAGAACAUGCUUGGUUCUCUGUGUGCUGAAGGAGGCAGCAAUUUUUUGGACUUCACCAGAACAGGUCAAUCUACGGUAACAUCACUGAAUGAGCAGUUGCCUCAGCAAUCAUGGCUCCCAAAGUAUUCACACUCGCAGGCCAAUGCUUUUACCAACUCAUUGUCUCUCCCCCGAUCAUAUUCUGACAAAGAUCCUUCUAUGGAGGCAGAACAUUGCAGUUUGGAUGCCCAGAAUGCAACUAAUUAUGGUUUGAAUAUUGAUUCAUCUGGACUGCUGCUACCUACCACAGUGCCUAGAUUUACCUCAUCAUCAGUUGACACUGAUGUGUCGUCAAUGCCGUUAGGGGAUUCUGGAUUCCAGAAUUCUAUAUAUGGCGGUGUGCAAAACUCUUCUGAACUAAUGCCGAGUGCAGGGCAAGUUGAUCCUUCAACCCUUGGUCGAACAUUUGUCAAGGUGUAUAAGUCGGGAUCAGUUGGGCGCUCACUGGACAUCUCCCGGUUCAGCAGCUAUCAUGAGCUGCGAGAGGAACUGGCUCAGAUGUUUGGCAUCGAGGGGAAGUUGGAAAACCCUCAUAGAUCAGGCUGGCAGCUUGUAUUUGUCGACAGGGAGAACGAUGUACUUCUCCUUGGAGACGACCCAUGGGACGCAUUCGUGAAUAACGUAUGGUAUAUAAAGAUACUUUCCCCCGAGGAUGUACUGAAAAUGGGAGAGCAGGGGAUGGAAUCCUUCAGCCAAAACACAGGGCAAAGGAUCGAGUAGUGGCUUCAGACCUUGCCUCUUAAACGCUUGAAUGCUCCAUUUUCGAAAGCUGUAUUUCAAGACAUGCUUCCACGUAAUUCAUGAAAUUCUCUCCGGGGUCAAUAUGGAAUUACUAGUCCUCCCUACUCCCUAGUGUGUGUGCACUGCUACUACUACUACUAUUCCUGUUACUGUCCUGCAUAUUCUCUUUAAAAAUAAUUAUUAUGUAGCCAUGAUUUGCAUAGACUAAGUACUUCUUAUAUAUUCAACUCUUAUGGUGGAUAAUUUAACUGUUAAAAAGAUUUAAGAUAAUGUAAGAUGGUUAUUCUAGCAUAUCUCAAUUUGUUUGAGCUA